AUGGCUGCCCCAGGCGGGUCUGGUGGCCAGCAGGCCAACAACCCCACGGGCGAUGCUUCGCUGACAACGAACAAUAUCAACACUGGUGCAGAUGCCGAUCUGCUUCGCUCACUUAACCAACUCUCACUCUCAACCCCUGACACGAGGUCACCCUCCCGAGCUUCUUCUACAUCGCCACAUCCAGCACGUACCGUCUCCCGACUCGAUCACUUGACUGUCGCGACGCCUUCGCAACGUCGCAGCUCUACAUCCAAGAGUCCUGCCUCGCACAUUCAAACCCCUACACGAUCCAGUACUCCUACUCUUUUGCGCAAAGCAUCCACGAAUUCACUGCAUUCAGCCAACGGCGGUCCCGUCCAUCGCGCCCCAUCACGGAGGUCGAGUUCGGCACUCCAUUCGCCAACUUUUGCCAAGUUGACUGGUAAUGGAAGCAGCCAACAUGCUAUCGAGGAGGACGUGCGGUUCAGCAAGACCGAGGCCGAUGUUGCUCGGGAGUAUUUCAUUCGCGAGCUCGAUAUUCACCACAUAUCGAAUCCAGACCCAAGAACCGAGACACUGGUCAUACUCCAAGAUGCUUGUUACAAUCACAGAUACCAACGGCCCUUUGCCGGCAAGGGUAACCUAGCGACCAUUGUUGAGCGUCCCGAAAGACUGCAGGCUGUGUACACGGGUGUUGCCAUGGCUUAUGUGCGACUUGGCGAAAGACACCAGGAUGGCAAGGCCCCGAUUGACGCAGACCUAGAUCCCAGUACACUGCAAGUACCAUUCGAUAUUCGCAAAACGGAGCGCAAACUCUCUUUGAAUGCGCCGGCUGUCACAAAUGUACAUGGUGCAAAGUGGAUGGAAGAGCUGGCAAUACUCUGCAAUGCAGCAGAAGCAAAAUUACAAGCUGGCAGUCUGGAGAUCCAACGCCCAGAAAUGGAUCGAGGGCAUGGCGCAAAGGCUCCGGAGCCAUUUCAUAAGGGAGACCUCUAUCUUUCGCCCGAGUCGCUCUCAGCAUUCGAAGGUGCCCUAGGCGCAACAUGCGAGGCAGUCGACGCUGUCUUUUCAACCUCCGCUACAAAGAGAGUUUUUGUAGCCGUACGCCCGCCUGGCCAUCACUGCGACACCAGCUUCCCGCACGGGUUCUGCUGGCUCAACAAUGUUCACGUUGGAAUCAUGCAUGGCUUUUUGAAUCAUGGUCUUACUCAUGCGGCUAUCAUCGACUUUGAUCUUCACCACGGAGAUGGGUCACAAGACAUUGCGUGGGAGUAUAACCAGCGCAAACAUUGGUCGAAGGGCAAUGCCGCUCAGUGGAAGAAGAGUAGCAUUGGCUACUUUAGUCUCCACGAUAUUCAGUCAUACCCUUGUGAGCAAGGCGACCUGGAGGCUGUCAAGAAAGCCAGUCUCUGUAUCGAAGAUGCCUUCUCCCAGACAAUCUGGAAUGUACAUCUCCAGCAGUGGAAAGACCACGCCGACUUUUGGUAUCAGUACCGAACGCGAAUCACAAUCGUCCUCGAAAAGGCUCGGGCCUUCCUACGGCGUGAGACGGAGAAAUGCAGAGCUGCUGGUCAGGAGCCUAGAGCUGCCAUCUUCUUCUCGGCCGGCUUUGACGCAAGCGAGUUUGAGUCGGCUGGCAUGCAGCGCCACAAGGUCAACGUGCCUACCGAGUUCUACGCACGUAUUAGCCGUGAUGUCGUCAAGAUGUCGUUCGAAGAGGGCCUAUCUGUUGAUGGCCGUAUCGUGAGUUGUCUUGAGGGUGGAUACAGCGAUCGAGCUCUGUCCUCUGGCGUCCUGGCUCAUCUCAGCGGACUUGCCGGUGGUGAUGUACGUGCUAAAGAGGAUGCAGCCCUCGGCCAUAGCCGUAAUGGCAGUCGUCGUAUCAGCUUGAGCGCAAGUCCCCUAGGCCGACGAGGCACGAUUUCUUCCGUGGAGUCUGAUGCCAGGAGUAAGGCACCUGGUUUCCCUUACGACUCUUCGUGGUGGAGUGUACCGGAGCUGGACCGACUGGACGCGGCUCGAUUUGUCCCCAAGCCACAGCCUCGUCCGGUCCGUGAAGGCCCCGUUCCGACUUAUUGUUCACCCACGCAGUCGUCCAAUGCCAAAGUCACAGAGCUCGCCAAGCUUCGGCGUACAGUAUCUGGAUUAUCUAAUGCUGAUGCCGCAACACAUGUUGUAGCUCGAGCGCCAACGCCUCCUCCUCCUCUGGUCUAUUGGCCUUCGGCGGCUCUGGAACUGAGCAGACUUUUGAUACCCGUCGGUGGUCAGGUUGACAGUAUCACGUGGGAUGCACUCAAGUCAGAGGAGACUCGAAUCAAGAGAGAACAGAAAGAAAUCAAGGAUCAAAAGGAGCGCGAGAAGUUGAGAUUGUCCAGCAGCCCCAGUGAUCAACUGAUCGAUGGAUCCGGCACACCUGCUCUCAGAAAGAGCGGCCGUGAACGCAAGCCUGUCUCAUACGCCGAACCUGAAGACCCUAAUAAGCACCGCAGGAGGACAGUCGCAGGAGCUGCAAUUUUGGCUACUGACAAGGCCGCUGCACGUGGUACAUCCAAUGUGGCCGGGUCAACACAUAACCGCCAUCCCAGCCGCCGGCUGAGUGCAUCUUCUGCUAUAAGUACCAUGACUGCUGAUACAGCUGUCCCGUAUGUACCGACAGUCGAGCCUUCGCUUGGAGUUCCGGCUCGUCCAGGGACCGCUCAAACAGAUCGUCCAGACACAUCUCUUAGCAUCCGGACCACUCCCGGCCCGUUAUCCGUUCCAAAAACGAGACCCGUAGCGAGUAGGAAGGAUAGCACCAAGUCCACAGGUACAAAUGCGAGGAAAUCAAAGCCUGCCGCAUCCAAGGCACCAAGGAAAGACGCCAAGAGCAAAGGCUUGGCUGCCAGUCGGUCAACUGCACAAUCCAGCAACUUAUCAAGCCCAGUCCGACCACCGGGCAAUCAACUGGACGCGGGCUCUUCAACGGAAGCUGCUAGGGCAUCAUCCACCGCCACACCCGAUUCAGGAAACGAUAUUAGCAACAUUACUAGCGGUAUGAAGAAAAUUAAGAUCAAUGUUGUAACGAAAGAGAUGAAAGAAGCACGAGAGAAGGCUGCUAAAGAGAGGGAAUCAGCGACUGCAACUCCAGUCCUCGAGAAUCAUCCUACACCCUUAGAACAGUCUAGCUCGACACCGACUGACAAUGUUCCAGUUGGGGCCGAGUAUGAAAAUGAUCAACUUCCAGGUGUCGAUUCAAACAAUGCCGAUUCCGCACCAGCUAUUGAGCAGGCACAGCCGCUGCCAGUCACGCCCCAGAAGGAGAACCAGCCUGUAGAUAUGGACAUGGAUUUGCCAGAACAGCCGCCGACUGAUGUGCCCAUUACGCCGGUCCAUGAUCCACAAACUAUAGAUGAGCCGCAGGACUCUGCUCUCUUCAUUCCUUACCAGCCGGAAGGCCCGCCCGCCCAAGCAAUCCCACAGACAGCGCCAACCAAAUGGGUGACUCCGAAUACGGUGGAAACGCCGGUCCCGUACCGUGGUCAUAACUUUACCGCAACGUCGGCCAUACCCUUCUCACCAGCAAAACCUAUCCGAGCUGACACUCCUAUGAGCAAGAAUUCUUCCGUCUUUGGCCGACAAGUUCCGUUUGCUUCAAACAAACCCGCAAACCAUAACUUAUCGGCUUUCGGCAAUGAUGCCACCGCUACAUCUGGGCACACCGAGCCGGGCAGUUCUGAGGAUGCCAAGACGUGGGAUCCCACAAUGGAAAUUCCGGAGACUCCUGAGCACAAACGUCCGUGA